AAAAGACGGUACAGGGUUUGGUAUUUCUGUGAGUUAUGGAACGCUGGAAAUACUUGCUUGGAAGGAGUCUACUUUGUCACCAACGGAUAGAAUGGAAAUGCGUCUUGGGGCACAGGCUAAUGAAACAUUUGACCAGGAAAAACUCAUGUCAGCGAAACCAAGUGGACGCGAAUAUUUCGUUCAACUUUGGGCAGUUGCUCGCAGUGGGCCCAAUGACAACUACCGAUUUCUAGCCAGCGGUUCAAUGUCAGGAUAUAGACUCGGCCAUGUAACUCCCUGCACCUAUGGUGGACUCGUAUUUGCAUAUUCAAACACAACGCUAAGACUUUGGAAGCCAGACAGCAGUACCGAUAGGGCUGCAAUCAUUUGCAUCUCAGACGUUUUUGCUGGCGGUAAAUACUCACAGAGCACGAAUGAUGCGUUUGCGGUUGCCCACGUAUGGAUUACUUUAGACCACACAUUGCGCGAGGAAUGCACUACCUCUCUUGAUUGUUGGGAUGCGUCUUCCACAUGCAGAGAUUUAACAUGCCAAUGUGAGGCCGGAUCUAUAGAAACACGCCAAUACACAAACCUUACGACCACAGGAUGUUAUGUUCACGGAGAAUGCACUCACGCAAACGAAACUGCUGGCGACUGCAUACGAUGUCAUCUGCCCUUUGACGCAUGUCACUAGCCCGGUGGUAACC